AUGCCCGGCGCCAGCCCCCCCGAUUGCUUCUCCUUGGGCGGCCCUUCCCCGUCUCCCCUCCAAACCCCGCUGUCUGGUCCCGGCGGAGCAAUGGGCAUGGGCGCGCAAGGAGGGGGCGGGCAUUUCACAUCCACGGGAAUGUCUGCGGGGCAGUCGCUUCUUGGGAUGCUGCCCACCUCGCCCGCCAUGCGCCCCGCCUCUGGGACACCCGCAUCUGGCAGCGGCGGGCGGAUCGGCCGGCGGAGGAGCGCGAUGUCCCCCGGGCUUGCGCCGAUGCAGAGCGGCGCAAUGCUGAUGGGCGGAGACAUGGGGGAGAUGGCGAACCCCGAGGGGUACGAAGUGAGUCGGAACCUCGACGCGCGCGUGGAGGACGUGUGGCGCGAGUGGAAGGAGGGGCUCAACGGCGGCCCGUCCAUUGAGAAGCUUGAAGAGGCGCGGCGGCGCGACCGCAAGUGCGUGUGGUGGCGGCAUAAGAACGACUACAAGUACUGGCGCAAGCAGUACCGUUCUCGCCCGUGCUUCCCUCUCCCAUCCUGUCUCUUCCCUCUGUCGCCCCCGUUCCCUGUCUCCCCGCACGACCAUCUUCCCUCUCCAUGCCUCCGCCGCCCGGGAUUCUCCUCGCACGCGGCUGGUGGCGGGGGGCGCGCGGGGCAGAUGCGCAUAGUGCACGCGGUGGAGAGCAAGGCGGGCGAGUUCGCGGGCGACGUGGCGGCGGCGAUCCGCUUCUGGGACGACAUCCUGCGCGUCGAGUUCGCCGGCUCCAUCUCCAAGCUCCGCGAGGCGCUUGGCGGCGACCGCCCGCUGCCGUCCGCGCAGUCUACAGGUGGUGGCGGCGGGGGCAACGGUGCAGACGACUCCCCCGGUGCGGAGGGGCGGGGGGAAGAUGGGCGGGAGGGUUCGGGAGAGGGAAAUGACGGGGGCGGAGUGGGAGGAGGGGAGGGGAGCAAGUGGAAGAGGCAGAGGAGGGAGUUGCUGCAGCGGGGCGUGGAGAGAAUGAAGGCGUGGGCGCAGGGGGGCGCCAGCGGUGCUGCUGUGGGCGGCAGUGCGCUGAUGGCAGCAGCGCUAGCGCCUGCAGGCGUGGGUGGUGUGUGUGCAGACGGGGGCAUGGUGGGCGGCAUGGGGGGGGGGCAAGGGUCGAUGGCAGGGGCGGUGGUAGAUGGCAUGGGCACUCCCAUGGGCAUGCAGGCAGGCAUGGCGCAGCAGACACAGAUGAACGGUGGUAAUGGUGCGAGUGGGCUGGGUGCGCACGUGGUGAGCUCGCAUGAAAUGGGUGUUGUUCAGGGCGUGCUGAUGCAGCAUGGGGGGGGCAAUGGCAUGCAGCAGCAUGGGGGCGGAAAUGGCAUGCAGCAGCAUGGGGGCGGAAAUGGCAUGCAGCAGCAUGGGGGCGGAAAUGGCAUGCAGCAGCAUGGGGGCGGAAAUGGCAUGCAGCAGCAUGGGGGCGGAAAUGGCAUGCAGCAGCAUGGGGGCGGAAAUGGCAUGCAGCAGCAUGGUGGGGGGAAUGGCAUGCAGCAGCAAGGGGGAGAGCAGCAUAUGGUGGGUGGGCAUGGCGAUGGAAGCGUGAUGCAAGGGCAUGUGCAGCAGCAUGUGAUGCAAGGGUCUGGUCCCCAGCAUGGGCAGUCUGGUAUGGUGCAGCAAAUCUGA